UAUCCACGUUGUUUACGAACCAGAACACGCAGAGGCAAGGCAAGGUAUCCCACACGUGAGCGGUGUGGGGUUCUGAUGGGCUCGGCUAGAUAUUUUAUCACGACUCCCAUAUUUUACGUAAAUGCUGCACCUCACAUAGGUCAUUACCACACAGUUGUCCUAGCGGAUACUCUGCAUCGAGUUCACAAACUUCUUGCGCCGAAGCAACACACUGUAUUCGCAACUGGAACCGACGAACAUGGACUGAAGAUCCAGCAAGCGGCGACUAGAGCACACCAACACGAAGUCACUUUCUGUUCCGAAAUAUCCACCAAAUUCAAGGACCUGUUUGACAGCUCUUCCAUAACACACACUCACUUCACGAGGACCAGCGACACGAGGCACAAAAAAUGUGUCCGUCACUUUUGGGACAAACUGCGUCAAGAUGGACAUCUGUACAGUGGAAGCUACAAGGGGUGGUAUUGUACACAAGAUGAAGUAUUUUUAUCAGAGUCGGAAAUCAAAGAAGUCACAGGACAUCAGGGCGUUCCGCAAAAGGUCAGUAUAGAAUCUGGACAUCCGGUUGAAUGGAUGGAAGAGAAGAAUUACAUGUUCAAGUUGUCCGAGUUCCAAGAUGACCUCCUUCACUGGUUAAGGUCGUCAGAAAGCAUUGUGCAGCCUUCAAAAUUUCAAAGCCUUUUAAAAAAUUGGAUCAGCGCUGGUCUCAACGAUCUCUCCGUAUCUCGGCAGAGCUCCAGGGUACACUGGGGCAUUCCAGUUCCUGGCGACGACACACAGACGAUCUAUGUGUGGCUUGAUGCCCUUGUCAAUUACCUCACUGCAAGUGGAUAUCCAGACAGCAAUCACAUGUGGCCCCCUGACUGCCAUGUCAUUGGGAAAGAUAUCUUGAAAUUUCAUGGAAUCUAUUGGCCAGCGUUUCUCAUGGCAGCGGGGUUAGAACCCCCUCGGCACAUCCUCUGUCACUCUCAUUGGAUGGUGAAUGAUGAAAAGAUGUCAAAAAGCAAAGGAAACGUGGUGUGCCCAUUUAAUGAAAUUGAGAGGUACACAGCAGAUGGCCUGCGUUACUUCCUCCUAAGGGAAGGAGUACCACAUUCGGAUGGCAAUUUCAGCAGCACAUCAGUGCAUCGGCUCUUGAAUGCAGAGUUGGCUGACAACCUGGGAAACCUGUUGAGCAGGUGCACUGCACUGUUAGUCAAUAAGGACCAGAUAUUUCCUAGCUGUGAUAAGGCAUUCUUCAAGUCGUUCCCGAGAGGGCAAAAACUGCUUCAAGAAGUCUACGAACUUCCAGAUAAAGUGCGUGCAAAGUACCUCGAAGGCAACAUCUACCUUGGCCUGGACGCCAUCAUGCAUGUCUUGAGACAGACCAACGCCUUGGUACAAGACAACAAGCCCUGGGAACUGGCAAAGUCGGAGGGAUGCCAGGACCUCCUCCAUGCAGUGCUGUAUGCCUCACUGGAGGCCCUCAGAGUUUCUGCAAUCAUAAUGCAGCCCGUAAUCCCGACAAUCGCAUCCAAGGUCCUGGACAAACUGAAUAUUGGGGAGAACGAAAGGAACUGGACGGACGCUGAGAGAAGCAACAUCCAUCAGAGAUCCCUGGCGGUGGAGAACAUCUACGUAUUUCCACGGCUGAAAGCACAGAGAGCAUUGUAAAUAGAUUAGUCAUUCCCUGUAUAGUGAAAAAAAAAAAAAAGGAAGGGCACUGUAUUCAGGCUAGUGGUUGAAUCAAGUAAAAAGUCAUGUUGUAUGGGA